AUGGUAUCUACGCGACCUCCACCCGCGCCGCCUCAAGGUCGAGUGGCGUAUCCUUCAGUCACAAACUAUGUAGCUGGUGAUCAUGCUACAUCUCCAGACUAUCAUGGUUCCUCAGCACCGAUGACAAAAGUGAAAUCGAAUAAUAGUUCAGACCACGAGCGAUCGCAAGGAUUGAAAUCUUGGUGGAAAGGAUUUAGAGAUAGGUCUGGAAGUAGCGGUUCAGAAGCGAAAGUCACAGACGAUCGGCUGGUUUUUGGAGUUCCGUUACAUGAAUCUAUCCGUUAUGCAGCGGUGCAAAUCUCAACAGCUGGUCCGGAUGGAAGUCUCUACGUUUGGGGGGUGAUACCUAUCGUGGUGGCUAAAUGUGGAUUAUAUCUGAAAGAAAAUGCCACCGAAGUGGAAGGCGUGUUUCGGAUUUCUGGUUCAGCAAAGAGAAUGCGAGAAUUACAACAGAUAUUUGAUACCGGUCCUAAGUAUGGGAAGAACAUCGAUUGGAAAUCUUUGCCUUUCUCGCCUCAUGAUGUCGCUACUAUAUUCAGGCGAUUUCUGACUCAAAUGCCUGAAUCUAUCAUUCCCAACGACUACUACAAAGACUUCCGCACCGUUGCAGCUUCCAACCUAUCUCCCGAAGUAUCUAUCAAAUCCUACAGACGUCUAAUCCGAUCUCUUCCCCCUGUCAAUCAAUUCUUACUUCUCUACGUCUUAGAUCUCCUCAGUGUCAUCGCCAAAAAGUCUGAUAAAAAUCUCAUGACCGCUGCGAACCUUGCACUGAUCUUCCAACCUGGUAUCAUCUCCCAUCCGGCACAUCAAAUGUAUCCCAGUGAACAUGUACUCUCACAACAAGUCGUAGAGUUUCUGAUCGAUCAUCAAGAUAAUUUCUUGAUAGGUAUGCAACUUAAACCAAGGAAAAAGAAAAAACGAGUCAAUGGAAAUUCACGAGAACCAAAUACCACUCGUACAUCCAGUAACAAGCCACAACCUGUCAAAGCGGAUCAAGAUCUAAUGUUACCUUCCGAUUCAGAUGAUGAAGCUCCUGAAGGUGGUUAUUACGUGAUUGAAAAAUCUCAAAGGACGACAGUACCAAAACCUUCAUCACCCACUAUUUCUCCUCAUUUACCAUCGAUGGAGGCUAUGUUGUUACCUCCCAAACCUCCGAAAGUACCACGUCCCAAUCAAUCUCGAUUGAUGGAUCUUUCAUCCUCAGACGAAGAAGCUUCGGGAAGUUAUGAAGUACGUUCAAAUGAUUUCAGUAAAACUAGGACUGCUCUUUUAUCACGUCAAGAUCCAAAACCUUCUUAUCCACGUAAUCCUUCCCCAGUGACCGUAUCGAGAAGAAGAACCAUGCCUACGAAGAGAAAUGGUACUCUCGCCACUCGAGCUCAACGAAUCGUCAAAGAAGCUCCUUGA